AUGGCAUACCCUUACACAGUGUGCACACCCACACUCACGCUCAGCACGCCAUACCCUUACACAGUGUGCACACCCACACUCACGCUCAGCACACCAUACCCUUACACAGUGUGCACACCCACACUCACCCUCAGCACACCAUACCCUUACACAGUGUGCACACCCACACUCACGCUCAGCACGCCAUACCCUUACACAGUGUGCACACCCACACUCACGCUCAGCACGCCAUACCCUUACACAGUGUGCACACCCACACUCACGCUCAGCACGCCAUACCCUUACACAGUGUGCACACCCACACUCACGCUCAGCAUGCCAUACCCUUACACAGUGUGCACACCCACACUCACGCUCAGCACGCCAUACCUUUACACAGUGUGCACACCCACACUCACGCUCAGCACGCCAUACCCUUACACAGUGUGCACACCCACACUCACGCUCAGCACGCCAUACCCUUACACAGUGUGCACACCCACACUCACGCUCAGCACGCCAUACCCUUACACAGUGUGCACACCCACACUCACGCUCAGCACGCCAUACCCUUACACAGUGUGCACACCCACACUCACGCUCAGCACGCCAUACCCUUACACAGUGUGCACACCCACACUCACGCUCAGCACGCCAUACCCUUACACAGUGUGCACACCCACACUCACGCUCAGCACGCCAUACCCUUACACAGUGUGCACCACACUCGCGUCUAGGUUUGCACUAUGUGUGUAUGUGAGUCACACAUGGUCAUUUUCUCUGAGAAGUUCUAAGAGAUAA